GAUGCAGUAACAGCCGAGAUUCACAAAUGACUUUGAUGGCAUGCAGAAGCAGCCCCUGCUGUCUGUCUCCUGCUUGAUUUUGGAGUCAAGUACAAUGUAGUCCCACAGCCUGCAGGUGUCUCCCCCUGGAGAAGGCUGCAUAGCUGCUCAGCAUCAUGUGUGUUACGCUAGCAGAUGUUCAGUUGCUCUUCAUGCUGCCUCUGAGACAGACCUUCUCUGAGCCUUUCAGCACUCUUAGCCACGACACACACCACAAUACAGCUACAUUUCUGCUGGCUGCAGCUGCUCUUGUAACACACCAAGACGGGAUUUCAAAUAAAGAGGAAAAUGGGAGGAUGGCUGCAGCAUUUCCUUCACUGUUUCAGCAACAGAUUGGAAGAAGCCGAGAGUUUCUGUGACUGGAAAACCACAUUCUGAAUUGUGACGGGCUUUGAACUUCCAAGCCCCCAAACCCCACAUUUGAUUUCUUUUCUCUGCAGGAGGGGGUGGGUUACCAUGAAGACAAACCGAAGAUGCAGAGCCCUCCUAGCAGUGAGUCUGAACCUGAUGGCUCUCCUCUUCUCCACCACAGCCUUUAUCACAACCCACUGGUGUGAAGGGACUCAGAGGGUCCCCAAGCCAAACUGUGGGAAAGACAAGAAGACAAAUUGCCUCAACUACAGUGGGAAUGAGACGGCCAAUGAGACAAACCAGAAUGUGGUGCACUAUAGCUGGGAGACGGGGGAUGACCGCUUUCUCUUCCGGUAUUUCCACACUGGGAUCUGGUACUCCUGUGAGGAAAAUAUCAAUGCUGCUGGUGAAAAAUGUCGAAGUUUUAUUGACCUUGCCCCGGCUUCUGAGAAAGGUGUCCUGUGGCUUUCGGUCGUAUCUGAAGUGUUGUACAUCAUGCUGUUAGUCGUUGGGUUCAGCCUCAUGUGCCUAGAGCUCUUUCAUUCGAGUAAUGUGAUAGAUGGGCUCAAGCUAAAUGCCUUUGCUGCAGUCUUCACUGUGCUGUCAGGCCUCUUGGGGAUGGUGGCUCAUAUGAUGUACACCCAAGUUUUCCAAGUGACAGUCAGCCUUGGACCAGAAGAUUGGAGACCACAUUCAUGGGACUAUGGCUGGUCCUUCUGUCUGGCGUGGGGUUCUUUCACCUGCUGCAUGGCUGCCUCAGUCACUACAUUGAACUCUUACACUAAGACUGUAAUUGAGUUCAGACACAAGCGCAAAAUCUUUGAGCAGGGCUUUCGAGAGGAGCAGACCUUCCUAGACCAGGAGGCAAUCAAGUACUUCAGAGAAAGAACAAAGGAGGAGAGGGAUGAGGAUGGGGAUCUGAGGUUACAGUGCCUCCAUAGCUGCUCCCCAAAUACCAGCCCUACUCAGACACUUCCCUCUAGGGACACAGCUUGAACACACCAGCUGAACGGAAGGGGUUGCAGAAGCACACUCUAAGAGGAGAAUCUCUCAGGUAACCAGCCCAAGCUUCUGAGGAUGUUUUAGAUCAAAGAUCCAAGUCAGUAUCUUGAAUUGCACCCAGAAGCAAUCGGGAGCCAUUGCAUUUCCUGGAGAACUUAUGAAACUUCUUCCCUGUGGCUAAUACUGCCCAAACAUUUGAGAAGCUGCAUUGUGCCCAAAGCACACCUUUACAGAGCUCUUCAGGUAGAUGUUGUACUCUUCCCUGUAGAGGACAUUGCAAUAGUCCAGCCUGGAAGUCCUAAAGGCCUGGAGGAUGGUGGUAAGGUCUGGAUGAGAAAGAAAAGAUCACAAAUGCCAAAUGCAGAUGAAGCAAAGCGUUCCCAGCCAUCACCACAUCCUGGUAUUGUAGGAUCACACAGGAAUCAAGAGCACCCCCAAAUUAUGAAGCUUUCUUUAAAAAGAAACAAAACACUUAAUAAUGGGGCAGGAACCAUCCCUGGCAUACUCUCAAACUCCUUCCUCCAACCUACCAGCAUCACCUCUUUCUUGAGCUUUAUGCAGCUCACUUUCAAAGUCCACAUCUUAGAUCAGCAUUGGGUAAGCCCAGACAUCACAAUGGAAGACAUAAAUCAGUGUGUCAUUUGCAUUCUGUAACAACACAGCUGAAAUCACUUAAGUAGCUGCCCUGGGUACCUUGUGGACAUGCCUUGCCUACCCCGGCUCACAGAAAAGCCUCAGAGCAGAACGUGCAUUGUCCAGAACUUAGAGAGGAAAGAAUGGAAGCAUCCUAAAGCAGAGCUGUCUGCCCAGUCCGAGCCUGCAGACUAGUUAAUAAACCUCAGAGCCCUCUCAGGCUGCUAAUCAGCCCCAAAGUAUGAGUAUGGACCCCUGACUAUCUCUAGGGAGAGGUCAGUGCCCAGUGAGACCAGUGCUGACUCCAUCCCAAACUCAGGCCUGGAACUGAAAUGGAACAACCAAACCUGAGAACUCCAAAUGACACCAGAACUGCCUCACUAGACCUUUAUAAUAGACUUCCCCACAGAGAGAAGAUUAGCAACAGGCUGAUAACUCUCCAUCCUGCCAGUGACAAACUACAGCUACUUGCAGAAGGGAAACUGGCACCUGACCCUACAGGAGAGAAACACUGACAAUCUCAUGCAUCAGUGGGCCUAAUAGCUCUUACUUCAGCAAGACAACAGGGGCAUGAGUGCAAUUCAAAGGCCCCAAGUGGAAGCUCUUGCAGUAUAUUCAGAGUGGGCUGACUGAGAAGACAUUGUGUUUGGCCCCUCUGGGCACCAAUCCUCCACCGUGACACCAGCCAUGCCAGUCCAGAUUCAGUGGAUCAUGUCUGUGAAGUAGGUGAAAAAUUCCUCACAGCACUGCCCAUGGGACUAUUUCAGGGCAGAGCCAGACGUCACUUACCUGCCUGUGAAUCAGAGCAAUUCUGCUGCCAGAUGUAUCUGUACAGAGAUAUUGGAAGAGAAAGCGGCUUUCACCACCACUGCAUACGUACCCCCGUUGCAUGGACUCAGCAUACAAUCUUGGCCAUUAGUGCUCCAAUUUUUCAGCAUGGAUGUCUGAUCUCUCCAUUGCUCUGAGGACAUCAUCAGCUACCAAAACAAAAUUCUGGGCCAUUUCAGCCCUAUGUCUGAAAUCUGACAGCAGUACCAAAUGCUUCUAGGGUUGGCUGGCCACCAUUUCCUCAAUGGACUUUCCCAGAAAGCAAAGUGUAGCAGAUGGGUUAUGAUUGUCAAAAUAAUUUAUAUCAAGAGAGGAUAUCUUGACCAAGAACUCGUGAAGGGGUGGUGCAGACACUCUCUUCCUCCUGUUUUUAUACUGUCAGAGCAGCUGCAGUCAAUCUGAUCUGCUAUGUAGACUGAAAGCUCCUUGCAAAGGGAGACUUUCUGGUCUGAGACUUGGUGAAAGCAGCCUGAGUUACUCCGACAGCCCAGGACGUGGAACAGUGGAUCAAGGUUAGACUUGCUAAUGGAGCAGAACUCUGGAGGGAGUAGCAGGAAGGGAGGAGUACAGAGGAUGGGAAUAAAUUUGGAAGGAGCAGAACUCAUGGCCAAGUCUGAAGGCAUGGCAAAGGGUGGGAGCAGGAGUGGCACGGCUACACAGGCAGCCUGGGUCAGGAGAGAACAGAGGUAGAGCAGGCAAAGGACGAGGAGAGGUUGUGUGGGAAUGAGGAAGAGGAGGCAGGGGAGGUGAUACUGAGAUGACAGGGGAGUGCUUACAGGAGCAGAGGAGGAGCAAGGAGAGAAGAGGAUUAGAGACUAGGAAGAAAGAGAGAGGAGAGGGGCUGAAGGGGAGGGCAGAGGCCAGGAAUUAGGAGACAUGUAGGAGAUUCCCAGAGAGCACAGGAAGUAAGGCAGGGAAGAAGUUGCUGCAUCUGGGCUAUGCAGUGUGGGAGAAAGGAGACCUGCUCUGAUCCACCAUGCUAAAUCAGCUGUUCUAGGAGACACAAGAGGGUGUGUGGUUCCAGCAGAGAGAAGGUGUCAGUGUCUGAGUUUGCAGGGAGGGGUUCAGAGAAUCAUAGAAAGUUGGAAAGCUUCUAGCAAAAGAGCAGACCUUGAGAAUGGGAGUCAGGAGAGAGGGAGGGGAACAGGGUGGAGAGAGUCCACCAGUUCCAACCAGAGCAAGAAGAGGUUGCUCAGCGCUGUGUUUUGCUCCGGCCAUGCCAGUGGCAGCUGCUGCUACCAGUCCCUGUGGUCUGAGAAGGAGGCGGCCAAGUGGUGGGGGAGUGACUUAACCUUCUGACUAACAGCAUUCUGAACUAGGUAAGGGAUCUGGGCAGCCAUGCAUGUCACAGCAAUGUUACUCUGAGGAAAUGGGAAUACAAAGCCCCAACUAUUUACUCCGAUUAAAAACAUGAGUUACCAACAAAGAAUGGAUGAGCAAACCCAGAGAUGCUAAGGAUGAUCCUUGGAAUAAAUAUAAUACUAUCAGGAACUUUUCAAAGAACUUGGAAAAGCCUUACCUAUUAACUUUGCAAGAGAAACCAGAAUACCAGUCUCAAAGACUAGCUCUGCACUGUCAGCAGUGACAGAUGUUACCCCAGGCCUGGCUUCUAAUCACUGGGGAAAAGGUUUAUCCAAGUAAGUUUUCUACCAUAUAGAGAGGAAUUUGUAGAAUUUCAUUACUACAAAGGUUGUAUCCAACUCCCCUUUCUUGCUGUAUGCCAAACCCCUCUCAGACGUUUUAUGGGGUGUGACACAAAUGCACUGAGCUUCUCCUUGCCAUCUGUCAGUCUGUGUGAGAUUAGAGCCUCCCUUCUGACCAGAAACGUGCCACAAACCCCAACUCAGCAUCAAAAUGCACUAACACUCCACAGUGCAGGUUGAGUUACUUUGUCCCAGUGUUCAACAGUAUUUAGAUGCCUAGAGAAGCAGAUAAGAGGUUAGUGGGAUUUUCAGAAGUCCCUAGUUUCCUAAUGUUGUAUGCAGUGUAGUUGUGGCCGUGUCGGUUCAACCUUGCAUUUAGCUGUGACACUCAGAGUACCUUUCCCAGACUUAAAAAAGAGCUCAGUGUGACUUGAAAGCUUGUGUCUCUCACCAGCAGAAGUUGGUCCAAUAAAAGACAUCACCUCACCCACUUUGUCUCCCUAGUUUCCUAAAGCAGACUUAGGCCUAACACGAUUAAGCACUUUGAAAUCCCACUAGGCCCUAACACAGAGUGCAGGGAGUUAAGAUGUGAGCCUGCACUCUGUCACCAAUUAUUCCCCCGUCCCCCCCAAGAAAGCUGAUAAUUAAAGGUAAUUCAGUAAUGAAAGCUGGUGGUCUUGGGGAGCUAAUGAGCCAAUUAGUCCAUCAGCUCAAGCCUGUUAAAGAGGCAGAGGAAGGAGAUGCGGGGGGAGAAAGGAAUAGGGGCGAGCCAAAGCUUAGGGGAGAGCGAUCUCUGCUCCCCUCUGGUACUGAGGAGAUGGUCUAAAGCAGAGGUCCCCAAACUGCGGGGCACACCCCGCUCAAUGGGCACGAAGGAAUGUUCAGGGUGGGGGCGUGGCUGGGACUUGGGCCAGCCCCCACAGCGGGCGGGGAGGGAGUACCACCCAGCUCCACUUCUGGCCCUGUGCCUGGGGCCCCACUCCUGGUCCUGCAUUCCGCUGCCAGCCCCGCACCCGGUGUCCUGGCUGCAGGCUCUGCGCCCGGGGCUCUGCGCCAAGGGCUCCACUCCUGGCCCUACCCCCAGCUGUGGCCCCA